AUGAUACAGAUCACUGCAUUUGCACUAUUCUUCGCAAUCACCAUGCUUGUUUGCGCAUUCGACACCCAUCCCGUUCCGGACCAUGCCAAGAUCCGCAUCCACGUGCCAGUCAAACAUCAUACGCACCUGCACACGAAAACGAUCGUUAAAACGGUGCACGUGGGAAUUCCGGUGAAAAGCAUCAAAUCGCACGACGACGAGCACGGCUGGGACUACGGAAGGAAGAAGAAAGGUAGUUCCUCCAGCUACCUAUCCUAUCUCUGA